ACAGCCUGCAAUAUUGCAAAACAAGGAAGAAGGAGCCUGCGACUUUUUUCCUUCUUUAAUUUUGAUUGCAUAAUUGCAUGCUGUUGAUGCUCAACCAAAAGAUUCAUGCAUGAUCGAGUCAUUUCCAUAGUUGCAUGCACAUACCAAUAAACACCAUCCGACCGUCGCCUUUCAAUUCUCUUUCUCUUCUUGCCUCUUCACCCAUUUCUGCCAUUUGGGUAGUGAGAGACAUGGGAGCUUGUUGUUCCAAGGAAGCGUUGUAUGGAGGAGGGUACAUAGAGGAUGAUCGUACGAACAAUCGGCAUUUUAACGAAUCUGAGGGUAAUGAUGAGGAGGAUAAUGUAAGGCACGGGGACGACGGGGCCCGCAUACGGUUGCAAGGGUGUUCUAGGUUCACAUCAAUGUACACCCAGCAAGGAAGAAAAGGGAUCAAUCAAGAUGCCAUGACAAUUUGGGAGGACUUUACUGAGAAGGGCAUGUACUUCUGUGGUGUGUUUGAUGGUCAUGGCCCUGAAGGUCACAAAGUUGCAAGAUGUGUACGUGACAAUUUGCCCUCGAAGCUCUCCCAAGUGAUCAAAAUUUACCAACUUAACACCGGAAUAUUCAGUGACAUUGAUGUUGGAAGUGAGCUCUAUGAAAAUGUUGGUCACAGACACAACAAGAAAGCCAGUCAAGAUAUGCCCCUUUCUUCAUGGGAAGCCAGUUAUGUUAAAUCAUUCAAGGAAAUGGACGAAGAACUUAGCCUCGAUAACACCAUCGAUAGCUUCUGCAGUGGUUCAACAGCUGUAGCUGUAGUUAAGCAGGGUGAUCACUUGGUAAUUGCCAACUUGGGGGAUUCUCGUGCCGUUCUUGGCACUAGAUCAGGAGAGAAAAACCAGAUAUGUUCUGUCCAACUCACAGUUGACUUGAAACCGGAUACUCCAGGUGAAGCUGAGAGAAUAAAGAAUUGCAAAGGCAGAAUUUUAUCAGUGGACGAAGAACCAGAUGUGUAUAGAUUAUGGAUGCCCGAUGAAGAUUGCCCUGGUCUAGCAAUGUCAAGGGCUUUUGGAGAUUUCUGUGUCAAAGAUUGUGGCCUAAUCUCAAUCCCUGAAGUUUCCUAUAGAAGGAUCUCAAGCAGUGAUGAAUUUGUGGUCUUGGCAACUGAUGGGGUGUGGGAUGCAUUGACAAACACUGAUGUGGUAAAGAUAGUUGCUUCAGCAAAGAGGCGAUCCAUUGCAGCCGAAUUGGUGGUAAAACGUGCUGUUAGAGCAUGGAAAAGAAAGUUUCCAGAAUCGAAAAUCGACGACUGCGCAGUCAUAUGCUUGUACGUGAAAGACCAACCAUCGUUAACACAGACCGCAUCUAACUUGAGCCGCGGAGGCAAACCAAAUGAUACAGAGCUUUCAUUGUCUUACUAUAGCACAAGAUCCAACAUUGUAAGUGAUGUGGGAUGCCCUGCAUCUGAGAUCAGUAGCAAGAUCACAGAAGACUCAAAGGAAGAGUGGAAUGCUCUUGAUGGAGUUGAAAGAGUAAAUACCAUGUUGAAGCUUCCUCGGUUUUCUAAUGGUUUGAAUCGGCGGAGAUCACAAAAGGAUGAUGAAGAUGGUGAAAAUCAGGAAUUAGUUCAAUGAUGAGGUCUUAAACCGAAUGAUUUGCAAAUCUCUAAUCCGGGUUAGAGAUUAUCAAGCUUCUUGUGACAACCAACAAUCAUAAACCCAGUUCAGAACAACGGAUAUUUCAUCAGACAUGUCUCAAUAGAUGCAGAUCAGCUUCCUGCCAAAUAUGAAAGAUAAAAGUGCAACCAUAAAUUCUGCCUUUAGAAUUGUUUAGGGGAAAAAGAUGUAAAUAUUUUGU